UUUGCGUAAUGCACUAUAAGUAGCAUUCACAUUUUUUGGUUUGUUUCGCGUAAGUAAAAAUGAUUGUGAUCCAGAAUGUGGGACCCAGUUCCCCAGUAAGAAUUAGGAGACUAUGGAAGAAAAGGAUUCUGUGGGGUGUCCUCUUUGGGCUGAUGGUCCUUAUCUAUGGCUCUCAUGCACCGCUUAUCACUCUCACCAAGGUGGAUGGUCUAGUACCUUUCAACCCCUCAUCAUGUGUUGUCAUGAUUGAGUUAUCCAAACUCUUGAUUUCUGUGGCGACUCUUGUUCUAACAGGGGGUACAUCUGCCUUACGUGCUCCUCCACCUCUAGGCCGCGUGGCCCCCUAUGCAAUCCCUGCCGUACUCUACGCCGUCAACAACAACCUGGUAGUUCUCAUGCAGGCCUACAUGGACCCAAGCUCAUACCAAGUCCUUUCUAACCUGAAAAUUGCCUCCACAGGGCUUCUGUACUCCCUCUGCUUAGGCAAGAGGCUCCGACCUUCUCAGUGGUUAGCUCUGGGGCUCCUCAUGGGUGCAGGGGUAUGCCACAGCUACAGCAGCUUGGAUCUAGGGGACCAUGAGAAGGCUGAAGCCGAGGAAGGUCCUAGGCUUUAUAUCACAGCUUGGGGGCUUUUCCUUGUGCUGGUGUACUGCUGUAUUUCAGGGCUGGCAGCAGUUUAUACAGAGAGGGUGCUAAAGAGCCAGAAGUUGCCCUUAAGCUUGCAGAAUUUCUACCUCUAUGGGUUUGGUGUGGCCAUCAACGGGCUCUCAUCCUUUGUAGCAGGUGAAAAGAGCUUCCUGGAGGGAUACUCGGUGGUGGUUUGGGCCAUUGUAGCAGGGCAGGCAGCUAACGGACUCCUGAUGUCUGUGGUGCUCAAGCACGGCAGUGGAAUCACUCGAUUGUUUGUCAUUUCCUGCUCCAUGCUGGUUAAUGCUUUGUUGUCUUGGGCCAUUUUAGGGCUGCAGCUCACACCGAUUUUCCUCCUACCUGUGUCUAUGAUUGGACUGGCAGCUUACCUUUACUACAGAUACUAAAUAACUGAACCAUAAGGCCCA